AUGACCGAGACAGCACCCGGCGAAACGGCUCCUGCAGCCGCACCCGCCGCCGCAAAGAAGAGUCCCAAGAAGAAGGCGGCCGGCCGGAGCAAACCAGCCGGUCCCAAGCUGGGCGAACAAAUCGAUAAGAUUGUGGCGGAUUGUCGCGAUAGGAAGGGUAUGUCCGCUGUGGCCAUCAUGAAGGCUCUGAUCAGCAGCGGUGUCGAUGUGGGGAAACGUCGCGCCCAGAUCAGGAUGUGCAUCAGGAAGAGAGUGGAAAGCGGCUCCUUGGUUCAGACCAAGGGCGCGGGUCUUUCGGGAUCCUUUAAAUCCGGUCAAGGAAAAAGUGACGUGAAAGUGAUGAAGAAAGCGAACAAGCCAUCGGCAAAGAAAUCUCCGGGCAAGAAGUCUGGCGCCAAGAAACCAGCGGCUAAGAAAGCGGCAGCUAAAAAAACAGCGGCGAAGAAAGCGGCAGCGAAGAAACCAGCGGCGUCGAAGCCAAAGAGCCCCAAGAAACUCGCAGCCCUGAAGAAGAAGGCGGCCAAGAAGACAGCAGUCAAAAAGUGAAUUGAGAUAUACCGUUUGUUAAGUGUUUGAACCCAAGGGCUCUUCUCAGAGCCACCCACAUCUCAGAAAAGAGCUGAUCAUGAAUAUUGUGAUUCCCGCGCCGGGUCCGAGUGAGUUUUCCGGGGGAACUUCUCGAAUAAAACCCGAUAUUCCCGGUACCUCUGACAUUCAGUGCGGCCGUGGCGUCCCAGAUUUGAAGUGAAACACUGCGUUUCACUCGGGCUGUGUGAGAG